AGGUAGAUGGGGAGGUCACCAUGCUGCGACAAGGUGGGACUGAAGAAAGGGCCAUGGACUCCGGAAGAAGACGAGAAGCUCAUGUCUUACAUUGAACAACACGGCCAUGGCAGCUGGCGCGCCCUCCCCUCCAAAGCUGGGCUGCAGCGAUGCGGGAAGAGUUGCAGAUUGAGGUGGACCAACUACCUGAGGCCUGACAUCAAGAGAGGGAAGUUCAGCAUGCAGGAAGAACAGACCAUCAUCCAACUCCAUGCUCUCCUCGGCAACAGGUGGUCAGCCAUAGCAACACACUUGCCCAAGAGAACCGACAACGAGAUCAAGAACUACUGGAACACUCAUCUCAAGAAGCGACUCGCCAAGAUGGGCAUCGACCCCGUCACCCACAAGCCCAAGUCUCACGCCCUCUCCUCCUCCAAGGACGCCGCCACCCUCAGCCACAUGGCCCAGUGGGAGACCGCCCGCCUCGAAGCCGAAGCCCGCCUCGUCCGCCACUCCAACCUCUCGGCCUUCCGCCGCCACCACCACCACCUCCCCUGCUCCUCCGCCCAAUUCCAAUGCCUCGACGCCUUCCAAGCCUGGUCCAAGGCCGCCGACGCCCUCGAGUCGCCGGCGUCGUCCUUGCUCAACUUCUCCAAAACGACGGCGUUCCCGAUCCCGACCCUCUCCGACAACCCGGUUCUGGAACUGGCUCUGGAAUUGGAAGGGGAAAGCGAGUGGAAGUGCGCGAUGAAAACGCCGGAAUUCAAAGAGAGAAUGGAGAUGAAUUGGUCUUCGGGAGGAAUGUGGAUUAAUAGUGGUCGCGGGAUCAGUGCGCCGGCGUUUUCGAGUAUUGUCGACCCCGACGAUGCCGCGGCGGCGGAUUCCCUGUUCCUGGAGAAUUCCGGCGAGUGGGCGCAGUCGAACGCGGAAGAGAACUGCGAGGGUGAGCUUGAGGAGGAGAACAAAAAUCAUAACAACAAUAAUUACUGGAGAAGCAUUCUCAAUUUGGUGAAUUUUUCGCCCCCAUCUGACUCCCCUGUGUUCUAG